AUGGACGCUCGAACCUCAACAUCAGAUUCUGCCAGCUUCGGCUUGAACCCGUCGAGCGGCGAUGUCAACAACAGCGCCACCCGGCUUCCAGGUCUCGCCGGUACACAGUCGGAAAAGCAGCUGACACAGCGAGAGCUCGCAGCACUCAGGACCAUCAAGCGCAAUGUCGACACGACCAAGUACGCCGGUUGGCUGUUGGGUGCUUCGGGCACAUGGAUUCUGCUGUCGCGACGCAAGCCUCCACCGAGGAUGAUUCCCAAGCUGGGAUGGUGUGUGGUAGGCGGUCUGGGUGGUUCUUUCUUGACCAUGCCCGCGGGUAUCUUGCUCAGCAGGAAUGUGUUGAGGGACGUCGAGGAUCCCCAGCACUUGAGAAAGGUGCUGGCCGGGGCGAUCGAAGAGCAGCGACAGGGGAGGAAGCCUCAGGUAGGCGUCGCACCACCCAAGGGCCUGAAUGGCGAGUCGGAUUUCGAGCAGGCACAGCAGCAGGCGGAGUGGGGUGGUGAACAGAGCGCGCAGAACUACACUGCUGGAUUCGAUAAUGAGAAUGUUGCAGCCAACACCGUUACCGCUCACUCGACAGCACAGGGAUCUACCAGCAUACGCAGUGGAGGUAACACCAGCGACAGGAGCGGUACGCCUAGACCGCCUGCUGAUGCAGCGCCCGAUGGAACGGGACCCGGUACAAGAUGGGCCCAACUGCGAGGUGAGAGAGGCGUGGAGCCUAGCAAGUGGGAACGCAUUCGGCAGGACAACGCUCGUACAGCCUAUAGUCGUUCCACUGCCGCCUCGUCUGAUGCGGAGCAGAGCAACUGGCAAGACCUGUCAUCCUCGUACAACAACAACUCGCAGAGCAGCUCGGAGCAACAACAAACAGACAAGAGAUUCAGCUCCUCCCGAACACCACCUCGUAGCACUGACGAGCCGGUGAUGACGCUCUCUGGUGCUGAGGACGAUCCUCGCUGGUCUUCACCCGCCACUUUCUCACCACGAUCGAGCGGAUGGGGCAACAACGAGUUGCUUGACGAUCCCGCCGCACAGUCCCAGACGCGACGAGGUCCCGGAUCUACACGCAGCUAUGGUAUCCUCUCGGUUCUCGAGGAAACAUCUUCUAACACAGCCUCUGAAUACCAGCUGGAAUCCGAUGCACCCAUUCAAGUGGUCAAAGGAUCGCUCCUCAGUGCUCUCGCCGGCGGAACUUGCGGAUCGAUCUACGGCGUUCUCAAAGGACGUCAAGGAGCAGGAACCGUACUGGGCACACGAAUGGCUUUCAGCACGUUUUGUUUUGCAUUUCCGUUCUUCGCCGUACGCGAGUACAUUCUGUCGCCCAUCCUGAAGCGUACUUCGAGCGGACCGGAUCCGGCGAAUCGACACAUGCGCCUAAGUGCAGUCGCUAAGAACCGCCACACGCACAAUUUGAUCGCUUCGGGUCUGGCUGGUGCGGUGGUAGGGGCUGGUGCGGCUGGUUUUACGCGUGGGCCAGCGGCGAUUCAUAAGGGUGCUCUCACUUUCGGUCUCGCAUGUACCGGUCUACAGCUGGUCGGCAACCAAGCAAGAAUCGUAAGAGAUACCAUCAUCCGUCGUACUCCUCGUCCCGUACCUGUGCCAGACAGCAUGUCCGCACACCACGUCUUGAGCGACCCACCCGCCCCGGCCCCCCCAGCACCAUCGGCGUCGGAAGAUGUCCAGCCAGAAGCAUCCACGCACGACGAAGCAAAGCAAGCAGAUCAGCGAGAUUGGCUGUCCAAAGUCAAACGUGCAAUGCCGAUCCGAAGCGUGUCGGAUCAGGACUAUGAAGAGAAGCUCAAGCACAGGUUGGCCAACGUCAACCACAGAAUGGCCGAUAUCGAAAUCGAGAUUCGCGAGAUCGAGGAGUUGUUGAAGCAGCAGCAGGAAAAGGCGCGGAAGCAGGAUUGA